UUUUUUUGGAAUCUACAUAAUUUCCUGGAUUGGCUUCUGAAGGGAUAUGCUGUCAGCAGCGACAAGUGGCCAGCAGCAGCAAAAACUUGGUAUUUUGGUGCAGAUGAUAGCAGCAUAAGGAGUAGCAGCAGCACUAUAUCAUUGGACUCGUACGAUGCAGCUGCUAGUGAUGUCUGCCGUAGUUAUGACGAUGAUGGUGAUAAAAACAGUGAUUCUGUGGAAAUAUCGGAAGAUUCGGAUUCUUGUCUCCACGCCGAGCAGCAGUUCUUGGCUGCUGACAGCAGCACCACAGAAGCCCAGUACCGUAAUGAGCCAAAUUUUACCCAGUUUUCUUUGUGGUCGUGCCCAGAAAAUGACCGGAAUCAAGAAGAAUCGCAGCCUUUGUCAACUGAUAUUUUACGGCAGCGAAAACUGUCCCAGCUGUGCUGCAAAAAUCAAUUCACAUGUUACGAUUAUCAGUAUUCAUUUCUACCGCCGGGAUCACGAUUUACCGGAAAUAGCUGCAGUACCUCAACAACAACAACAGGUUCAUACUCAGACUUAUCACUGGUCAGUUCAAACUCACUGUCAUCCGCUUAUUUCUCGGACAGUACAUCGCUAUCUCCGGCCCCCACUAUUUUUCAAUUUUCCAACGAUUUUUUGGAGGAGGCUAAGUCAGAUGGAGAAAAUUUGGCCGGUAAUUGUGGCCAAGGAUUUCCUCAACAGAUAGCAGGCUCUGUUGUGCCAUCUUCGUCCACGGUUAAGGCUGAUAAAACGGUCAAGAAAACUGGUGUUUCUGUCGAAAAUGCACAAGCUACUGCGACAAAUCCUGCGUAUUUUGGCACUUCUGCUAAUCCCGGAUUGUUAGGCUCCAGAAAUGCUGAUACUUCGGAACCGAAACAACGAUUUUUGUCAACAAGUGAAAUUGGCAGUUCCAGUAGUAGUAUCUGUGAGAACUGGGAAAGCCUUCUGUUCUGUUCAGAUGAUGAAAAUAUUCGGCGCUACGUGAAGCGUGCCUUCAAGUACAGUCGUGUGUUUGAAAUUCUUUCGAUAUCAAGCAAUCGUUUUCACGUUUCGCCCUACUCUUAUGGCCUGGGCCUACCACUAUCGUAUCUGAAUAGUUGGUGGCCACAGGUAGGCUUCCAGGCUGAUGUUAACUGUCCAGAGGCAUAUCAAAAGCCGCCUUCUAGACGAACCACGCACUGUUUCACACGAAAGAAGAAAAAGAAGAGGAAUGAACGUAAAGGUGAGAGCGGGUACCAUAGUGAAAAUUCAACGCCGCCUCUGCCAGCAGAAGCUGAAGGUGCACGUGAAACUGUAUUAAUCGAAGGCCGAAAGACCUCCGAAUCGUUGGAUUUCCCAGGCAGUAGUAACAUAACUGAAGAAUCGAGAAAAGGAGAUCCGUCAGAAAAUGCUCGCUCCGGAGAGGACAGUUCGAGUAACGGACUUAUUUUUUUAUACUUUUGUGUUUUGUGA